AUGGUCGAGCCCAAGGAUGAGAAUGCAUCGCAACCAAAAUUCAUGCGCUCCCUCUCGCCUUUGCCAGAGGAGCCUAUGCUUCUGUGUGCGGACGUGGGUGGCACCAACACCCGCUUGCACCUCUUCAAAGUCCCGGACACGACCACGGCUGUGGUUCCAGAAUCCUGUAUGGUGUACCAGGCCAAGUAUGCCAAUGCACACUACGAGUCCUUCACCGAGGUGGCCAUGGAAUUUCUGAAAUCGGCGAAACGCCAUCAUCAAGGGGGCGGUCUUGGCAUGUCCCCACCAUACCUGGGAUGCUUCGCAGUAGCCGGUGUGGUUGUGGACAACAAGUGUAACCUGGUGAAUUUGGGCUGGAGAAUGGAUGGCAAUGAGAUCGCCAAGGAUCUCAAGAUGAAAGUAAUCUAUUUGAUGAAUGAUUUCGAGGCUCAAGGCUAUGGAAUUUUGACCUUGGAUCCGACGAAAGAUUGCGAUGUUCUGCAGGAGGCACCGAUUUUGCCCGGGGCACCCAUUGCACUACUGGGUGCAGGCACUGGCUUGGGGCAGGCCUUCAUGACCACUGGAGAGAAUGGAGACUAUGAGGUCUGGCCAUCUGAAGGUGGGCACAAGGAGUUUGCUCCACGUCAGGAAGGGAGUCAAAAUGUUCAGAGUGAGAUGAUGAAGUACCUGCAGAUUCGCUUCAGCGCGAAGUCGCGCAUCAGCGUCGAACGCAUCGUCAGCGGUCGAGGCAUUGCCAACAUCUACCAGUUCAUGGCCUGGAAGUAUCCGGAGAAGAUCAACCGAGAGGUCCACUCGGCCUUCACCAACGGCCAACACGCGGGUGGCAUGGGGCCAGUGCACGACCCCGCCGUGAUCGUCCAGGCUGCACGGAAUGGCACGUGCGAGCUGUGCCUCAAAACUAUGGACCUCUUUAUUGGAGCUUAUGGCUCGGAGGCCGGUGUUUUGGCCUUGAAGUUCAUGCCCUUUGGGGGCCUCUUCGUGACCGGGGGUGUCUCCGCCAAGACUCGCGACUUCAUCGUCGGGGAGAGGGGUACACCGCAUCAUUUCAUCGAUUCCUUUCGAGAUAAAGGGCGUGUGUCGACCAUGCUGAAAAGAGUCCCUGUCUUCCUGGUACGAGGUGAAGACAUGGGAGAGCGUGGCGUCAAGCUCAAGGAUGGGCGUUCAUCCGCUGAUCCGCUGGGCGGGCAUGCGCAUGGCAUGCGCACGGCUUGCGCGCACAUGGCAUGCGCGCGCGAUGAAACCAAGCGUGCGAGUCAGGUGGAAGUCAGGGGGGGAAUGCCGGGCAAGACGUCCGGGACCGCCUUGGCCGCGCCGACCUACCGCGGCGCAGACCGCCGCGUGGAGGCGACGAAACGCUGGUUGGAUUCGAUUGUCAUUGGUGAAAAGCUGUGCCCCUUCGCCGCAGCGGUUCGGGAGGAGCAGAAGCUUCGUGUGCUUGCCAGUGAGGCCAAAGAUGCUGAGAUGCUGGCCAAAGAAGUGGCCACGGAAGCUGCAAUUCUGGUGGAAGGUCUGAAUGGACAGGAAGGUGCACCAGAGACCACUUUGCUGGUCGUUGAUCCGCAGCUCAGUUGCUGUUCCACCUGGCAAAGUUUCGUCCAAUUGUCAUGGACCCUUCAAGAACGAGCCAUCCACGGGCAAGGAUUUGCAGAGCUCUUGCAAAUUGUGCUUUUUCAUCCAGCUGCUGUCCACAGUGUUUAUGCCGAAGGGCCACCGGAUGCGGCCGACUUCACGAUUCGCUCCCCCUUUCCGACCAUCCAUUUGCUCCGAGAGGCAGACGUGAUGCGAGCGGUCACCAGCUACCCGGACACGCCCUUGAUCCCCGCACGGAACAAGGCCAAGCUGCGAGGCAAAGGCCUCGAGCUUUGCCAGGCACAGCUGGAUGCCUGUGGAGCUGUGGACCUGCGGUCCUCUGGUGGUCACACCGAAAAAGAGAGAGAGAGAGACAGAGAGAGAGAGAGAGAGAGAGUGAGAGAGUGA